AUGAGCAGCAACGCCCAUACGGUUCCCGCAACGGACCCCAAAGUCUACGACGAGUACCAGCAGAAGUGGUCAGCACUUCCAACAGACGAAGCCGCAUGGCUUCAGAGAGCUCGAGACGUUGCAAGUGUGCUAGCCGUGGACGCUGCGCAACGUGAGAGGGAGAACAAGUCACCUCGAGCUGAAAUUGCGCUGCUGAAGCAUUCGGGCCUCCUCAAGGUCCUGGGAUGGAAGAAAUAUGGCGGCGGUGAACAGCCGUGGAGCGUCGGCUACAAGGUGAUUCGCGAGGUUGCCAAGGGAGAUGGAUCAAUUGGUAUGCUUCUCGGGUAUCACUUGCUCUGGUCAACGACAGCCAAUGUCAUCGGCAGCUCCGAGCAAGCAGACCGGACUCAGGAUCUCAUCAUCUCCAACAACUACUUCGUCGGUGGUGCGGUGAAUCCCCGCGACAGCGAUCACAAGAUCACGUCAGACGGUGAUAAUGUUGUAUUCAACGGCUUCAAGAACUUCAACACCGGCGGAGUCAUCUCCGACUUGACUGUCCUCGAGGGUGUUCUUGAAGGCACCGAAGACCACUUGUAUGCCUUGGUGAAGACUAAUCAACCGGGCAUCAUCUUUUCUCACAACUGGGAUAACGUUGGCCUGCGUUUGAGCGAGUCGGGAAGCGUCAAGAUUGAGAACGUUACUGCGCCCUGGUCCGAUGCACUAGGAUGGAAUGUGACGGAGAAGAAGCCGGACCCCUCCAUCCUCAAGAUUCCUUUUGCCAGUCUGCUUCUCCCUACGAUUCAACUUGUUUUCAGCAACUUCUACAUCGGCAUUGCCUGGGGUGCACUGGACUUUGCGUCGGCCUACACAAGGAAGAACACCCGCGCUUGGCCCUUCGGUGGCGAUGACAAGGAAAAAGCCGAGGAUGAGUUUUACAUCUUGUCCACGUACGGCAACUUCCUAGCUCAUCUUCGUGCAGCCGACGCACUCGCCGACAAGGCAGGUCUCGAGAUUGACGCAUUGUACAAGUACUCGGGAGAUCCAGCCACCAGGGCAAAGGUCACUGCAAAGGCUCGAGGAGAGGCAGCGGAGUGGGUUGCCAGCGUCAAGAUUACGGCGACUGAUACGGGACUGCGGGUAACCUCUGGUAUCUUUGAGGUGACUGGCGCCAAGGCUACCGGAACCAAGGUCGGCCUCGACAGGUUUUGGAGGGAUAUCAGAACACACAGCCUGCAUGAUCCAGUGGCUUACAAGAACCGUGAGCUUGGGAGGUAUCAACUGCUGGGCGAGAUUCCCGAACCCACGUGGUACACGUAG